UUUAUUUGCAUUGUUAUUUCUGUUAGGCAUACAAAUCUAUACUCAUAGAGUUAUAUAAUUUGACCAGAUUGACAACAUCAUGGUGUCACUGUCCGGAAACUCUGUGUAUCCCCUCGAUGUCCUCCCUGUGUUGUUGUGUCUGCUGACAGUAUCCCAGGCAUACGUUAAUGUCGCCCUCAACAAACCAUCAUACCAACAGAACCCAUUGUGUGGCGACGCCAGUAACGCUGUAGACGGACGUAAAUCAGACCUGAGUGUAUUGGAAGGUCAAUGUGCGUCAUCACGGUAUGGACAAACCGCCACCUGGUGGGUGAACCUGACCACCAUCCACAGCAUCCACCACAUCACCAUCUACUUCAGGACGGACAAUCAACCAUGGGGUCCUUCUAAUGGGAACACUAAGUAUUUCCUUGGAUUCUCUUUGUACGUCUCCAAUACAACAGACAGACUACAGGGAACACUGUGUUACAAGGACGACAACUUUACACUAGACACCAUACCUGCUGUCUUCACCACCAUAUGUCCUAUACAUGGACAGUACGUCAUCUACUACAACGAGAGACUACAACGAGUUAGCUAUCCUUACUAUUACUCUAAUAAAGUUGCCAGUGACCUCUGUGAAGUGGAGGUGUAUGGAUGUCCCGCUACCGGAUAUUUUGGGUCCAACUGUUCCGUUCCCUGUCCAGACAUUAACUGUCAGUACUGUCACAUAAAGACGGGCACCUGUCAGGGCUGUAAACCUGGAUACAAAAGUCACCGAUGUGAAAUCACUUGUGAAGAAGGAACAUAUGGUGCUGGCUGCAUAGAAACAUGUGGACUCUGUCGUGACGUAAACCAGUGCUCCAUCAACAACGGGACUUGCUUAACUGGGUGUGAUGCUGGUUUUAAAGGAGACUUGUGUAAAAUUGCUUGUGACAAAGGGUCGUAUGGCUACUCCUGCAAAGAAACAUGUGGACAUUGUCGUAACAAAUACCAUUGUUCCAUCAUCAGUGGAUGGUGUCUGACUGGAUGUGACCCUGGUUAUCAAGGAUACUUGUGUAAAACAUCAUGUGACAUAGGGUCGUAUGGUUCUGAAUGCAAAGAAACAUGUGGACACUGUUGUGACGGAAACCAGUGCUCCAUCAACAAUGGGACUUGCUUAACUGGGUGUGAUGCUGGUUUUAAAGGAGACUUGUGUAAAUCUACUUGUGACAGAGGGUCGUAUGGCUACUCCUGCAAAGAAACAUGUGGACAUUGUCUUAACGUAAGCCAGUGUUCCAACAUCAAUGGAUGGUGUCUGACUGGAUGUAAUCCUGGUUAUCAAGGAGACCUGUGUAAAACAUCCUGUGACAGAGGGUCGUAUGGUUCUGAAUGCAAUGAAACAUGUGGACAUUGUCGUGACGUAAGCCAGUGCUCCAUCAACAAUGGGACUUGCUUAACUGGGUGUGAUGCUGGUUUUAAAGGAGACUUGUGUAAAACUACUUGCGAAAGGGGAACCUAUGGUGCUGGUUGCAAAGAAACAUGUGGACACUGUCGUGACGGAAACCAGUGCUCCAUCAACAAUGGGACUUGCUUAACUGGGUGUGAUGCUGGUUUUAAAGAAGACUUGUGUAAAAUUGCUUGUGACAGAGGGUCGUAUGGCUACUCCUGCAAAGAAACAUGUGGACAUUGUCGUGACGAAAGCCAGUGUUCCAACAUCAGUGGAUGGUGUCUGACUGGAUGUGAUGCUGGUUAUCAAGGCGACUUGUGUAAAACAUCAUGUGACAGAGGGUCGUAUGGUUCUGAAUGCAAUGAAACAUGUGGACAUUGUCGUGACGUAGACCAUUGUUCCAAUAUUAAUGGGACGUGUUUGACUGGAUGUGAUGCUGACUAUCAAGGAGACUUGUGUAAAACUUUUUGCCCCGUUGGAUAUUUUGGACAAGACUGUUCUGUGACAUGUAUCAACAGUUAUACCUGUAGUGGCUGUAACGAUGUCAGUGGUUCAUGUGAUUAUGGCUGCCGUCCUGGCUGGAUAGGAUACUUCUGUCAAAAAAUAAUGCAAGAAAGAAGUAAAGUUCGAAGACUUGGGGUAGACAAAAGUGGACGUUAA